AGAGGAGAGCUCUCAGGUAGAGGCAAACAGUUUGCUGCGCAGAGUUGAAACUAUGGUGCUGAUCAGAGUGCUAGCACACCUUCUGAUACUACAGCUUUCUUACGCACAAAAGUCUUCUGAACUGGUCGUUGGAGGUGAUGAAUGUAACAUAAAUGAACAUCGUUCCCUUGUAGUCUUCUUUAACUCUAGCAGUUUUCUCUGCGCUGGGACUUUGAUCAACCAGGAAUGGGUGCUCACUGCUGCACACUGCGACAGUAAAAAUUUCCAGAUGCUGUUUGGUGUGCAUAGCAAAAAGGUACUAAAUGAGGAUGAGCAGACAAGAGACCCAAAGGAGAAGUUCAUUUGUCCCAAUAGGAAAAAAGAUGAUGAAAAGGACAAGGACAUCAUGUUGAUCAGGCUGGACAGACCUGUCAGCAAUAGUGAACACAUCGCGCCUCUCAGCUUACCUUCCAGCCCUCCCAGUGUGGGCUCAGUUUGCCGUAUUAUGGGAUGGGGCACAAUCUCACCUACUAAAGAGACUUAUCCCGAUGUCCCUCAUUGUGCUAACAUUAACAUACUCGAUCAUGCGGUGUGUUGAGCAGCUUAUCCACAAUUGCCAGCGACAAGCAGAACAUUGUGUGCAGGUACCCAGUAAGGAGACAAAGAUACAUGUGGGGGUGACUCUGGGGGACCCCUCAUCUGUAAUGGAGAAAUCCAGGGCAUUGUAUCUUGGGGGGCGCAUCCUUGUGGCCAAAGUCUGAAGCCUGGUGUCUACAUCAAGGUCUUCGAUUAUACUGAGUGGAUCCAGAGCAUUAUUGCAGGAAAUACAGAUGCGACCAGCCCCACAUGAAAAGUUUUGAAAAAGUUAGGAGGAGAAAAUGUAACAUAUUUGUACAUCUCUUCUAUAUCCCUAACCAUAUCCAACUACAUUGGAAUAUAUUCCCAGGCACUAAGCUUUUUUUAGACUCAAAUAGGACUGCCUUUGGAGUAAGAAAUGCUCAAAAUAGUGCUGCAGGGAUCAUGUCCCAUUUAAUUUCCGUAUCAAACAAUCUCAGUAAAAUGAAGGCCUGUUUUAGGGUGAGGUGCAAAAGUUUCUGACUCUAAAAUGGACCAUUCCAAAUAUUUUAACCUCUGAAUAUCUUUCCAUUUCUGUCCACGUCUGGGACAGUGGGGUCCUUGAUGCUCUCUGAGCUUCUCUUCUUGAAGAUGUUUCAUUAUCCAGCUAGGUAACAUCAUCAGUGCUAGAAUAUUCUCUUCUAUUGGUACUUCUGUGGCAUUUACAAUACGCUCAUAUGGAGUCAUGCAGCCACCCCACAAACAUAUCCAUAUACCCGGGUCCCAUGUUGCCUAAAAAGGAUCCCAGAUUAACUUCCACUUCCCAAUAACUAAACAGAAUCUUUUGAGAAUAAUGUUUUCAUGUAAAUUCUCAGGUAUCCACAGCAAUAAAAUCGUAUAAAUCGUCA